AUGGUGGACGACGAAAAGAUCGAAGAAGUCGACGAGGAACAUGCCGUCGCGCCCUUGUCCGAGAUCACCGCACAGCGCCCCGUCGAACCAACCGAUAUACAGCAACGACCCGGUGGCGCACCGCUGUAUGACACACAUGGAGGAAACGAUGCAAUCGCAGAACUCGUCGCCGAGCCUCCUGUCGAUCGAACAUCUUCUACACAGCAGCAGCAACAACAACGGCCUCCAAGCAGACGACCGUCAGCGGAACUGCCGUCGCUGUCGAACCUGGCGACAAAACUCUACACACUCUCGUACCUCGUCUUCUUCGCCAUACUUGGUACUCUGGCGCGUCUCGGUCUGCAGGCGCUGACGUAUUAUCCCGGCGCACCGAUUGUGACCGGCGUGCUAUGGUCCAAUUUUGGCGGCUGCGUGCUGAUGGGGUUUUUCGUCGAGGAUCGCAACUUAUUUCGCGAGGAAUGGGGCCAUCCACCACAUUCAUCAAACCAGUCGACGGACUCGGCGCGGAUCAAGAAGCACAAGACGGUGAAGAAGUCGAUACCGCUGUAUAUCGGACUGACGACGGGGUUUUGUGGUUCGUUUACGAGUUUCUCGAGCUUUAUGCGAGAUGCGUUUCUCGCGCUGUCAAACGACUUGACUGAUCCGUCUUUCUCGUCAUCGUCGGCUACGCAGGGCAGAAACCGAGGGGAUAGUUUCAUGGCGGUUGUCGCGGUGUUGAUAUUUACUGUGUCGCUCAGCAUCUCUGGUUUCUACUUGGGCGCUCAUAUCGCCCUCGCUCUCGACCCGUGGGUCCCCACGGUGCCGUUUCGCAUCACGCGCAACAUCCUCGAUCGGGUGAUGGUGCUGCUGGGCUGGGGAUGCUGGCUCGGAGCGGUUUUUAUGAGCAUUUGGCCGCCGGAGAACUCGUGGCGCGGACAGGCUGUCUUUGCGAUUGUCUUUGCGCCGCUGGGGUGUUUGUUUCGCUUCUAUGUGUCGCUGCUGCUAAAUCCGCGCAUUCCUUACUUUCCGCUCGGCACUUUUGCGGUGAAUAUUAUUGGUACGGGGGUUUUGGGCAUGUGCUAUGACUUGCAGCACGUGUCUGGCAUCGGGGCGUCGCCUGCGUCUGGCUGGGCUGAGGUAUACUCGCCAUCGAGAUCAUCGCUCUUUGGCGACAGCGACUUGUCCUCGCUGAUCGUGAGCUGUCAGGUCCUGCAGGGUGUGAUGGAUGGGUUUUGUGGUUGUGCCACGACUGUUAGUACCUGGGUUGCAGAGCUGACCAGCCUGGGUCGUAGGAGGUUUGCUUAUAUGUAUGGGGGAGUCAGCAUGGCGGUGGGCUUGGGCUUGUUGGCUGUUGUCAUGGGCAGUGUGAAAUGGAGUCGGGGAUUCGAGAGUCCGACCUGCACGAGUUGA